AUGGGCAGGUUCUCCAUUCUCCCCAGCAGCUGGUCAGGCAUCGAGACUUUCAUCGCUGGGUUCUUCGUAAGCCACCACGGGCAAGCGCUGUGCAAUGCUCCCACAUGCUGAACGCUGAUUCCAGCUGCUCUGCGCUGGCUUAAUCAUCGGUCCUUGGAUUCUCUUCAUUCUCUUCGAUUCCCUACUCUACAUCUGGAGACUGAUCGCCUACGAGUUUCCAUACUUUGGCGGACGCGCACGUGGCGAACUACCACCCAAGGCCCCAACGCUGACAGAGCGACCUGGUGGCGAUAGGCGUCGAAUGAGCAUAGCAGGCUUGCGGAAGCGGAGGAACAGCAUCUCCAAGAUUCCGGGCUGGCAGCAUCAAACGCCGUCCAUCAUAUCCGACGUCUCGACCGGCCGGAGGAGAAGCUCCACGACCACCGCGAAAUUGCGACUACCUUCUCACUUGGAACAGCAACCGGAAUGA